AGGUUGUUGACUAUACGACGUCCGCUGGUGCGGUGGCUGCUCGGCGCCCGCGCAACUUAAUCCGCAAACUCCGCAAUAUUCCGCAUUCGCUCGCGAACGCCUCUACGUGUACCAACUGUUUCUAAUCAGUCCAACCGAUAUGACCGUGCUAUAAAGUGACCACACUGUAAUUAAAAAAUAUUGUGAUAGACUUAUUUAUAAAACAAUUGUUGAGUAAUAAAAAUGGCAGUGAUUAUAUUAAAAUUUUUGGACAUAGUCCCAGUGCGGUUCAACCUGUGGGUGAUGCUGCUCACCAGUUGCUGGGUGGUCUACAUGCUCCGAGUCAAUAUGAGUCUAAACCUUAUCGCCAUGGUGCCACAAGCCAACAAUAAUUCCACAUCGGGGUCACAGUGCGGCUCCGCGGACGACCCCGUAAGAAACGAGAGUCUGCGGCAUGUGGACAUUACUGACGUCAGAGAAGCGCCCCGACAGGUGCCGGGAGGUGCGUCGUUCGACUGGUCGCCGGAUCAGCAGGCGAUGGUGCUCGGCGCGUACUUCUGGUGCUAUCCCGUGACGUCACUGCUGGGGGGCAUGGCGGCGGAGCGCUGGGGGCCGCGAUACGUGGUCCUCCUGUCCUCCCUGGCCAGUGCAGUGCUCACUAUGCUCAGUCCGCCCGCUGCAAACCUGCACUAUAUCGCACUAGUCAUCACAAGGUUCCUACUUGGAUUCGCUGGGGGCUUCAUAUAUCCAUCACUUCACGUGCUAGUGGCGCGUUGGGCCCCUCCAGCUGAAAAAGGAAAAUUUGUGAGCGCAAUGAUGGGUGGAACACUGGGUACUGUUGUCACGUGGUCGCUAACAGGACCGCUCAUGGAGAAAUUCGGCUGGGCAUCAGCCUUCUAUGUGCCAGGAAUCCUGACACUAGUUUGGUGUGUCUUCUGGUGGUAUCUCGUCGCAGAUACUCCUCAGGAACAUCCAAGAAUUAAAGAAGCAGAAAAGAAAUACAUUUUAGACGCACUUGGCGACAAGGUCCAGAAAUCAAAGGGUCUACCGCCGUUCAGAGACAUAGUUACGUCAUUCCCCUUCCUUGCCAUGGUGAUCCUGCACUACGGUAACUUGUGGGGACUAUACUUUAUCAUGACAGUCGGGCCGAAGUUCGUCUCUACCGUGUUGGGAUUUGAGUUGUCCGCUGCUGGGGUUAUAUCAGCGUUGCCAUAUCUGGCAAGAAUGUUCUUAGCCACAGUAUUCGGCUUCAUUGGCGAUUGCAUAAUGUCCAGGAAAAUGAUGUCAACUACAACGAUAAGAAAAUUCUUCUGUUUGUUCUCACAUAUUCUUCCUGGUGUUCUACUAGUGCUUCUAGUGUACGCAGGUUGUUCAACGGCGCUGUCAGUCACGCUAAUAACACUGUCGAUGGGCUUCAAUGGUGCUGCUACUCUCACCAAUCUUCAGAACCACCAAGACCUGGCACCGAACUACGCAGGAACAUUAUACGGCAUCGCCAACUUCGUAGGAAGUACAGCUGGAUUCUUUACACCAAUGAUUACUGCGUACUUUACUCGAAAUGGGAAUAGUUUCGAGCAAUGGCGGCCCGUUUUCUUCGUGGGAGCGUCAGUAUACAUAGUUUCUGCAAUAUUUUUCAUAUGUUUUGGAACCGCCAAUAUCCAACCGUGGAAUUUCCCUAAGGAGGAUAAGGUUGAGGGCAAAGGAGACUCUGCUAAGAACGGCACCCUGAAAGAUAUGAGCGAAGCCCCAGCCAAGAAUGGUGAUGUGAAGGAAGUAAAAGAAACUACACUCAAUGUCGCUUAAGAUGACAAACUUUACACUAAUGUUACUGUUCAAUAUUUAUGCUUGACGGCAUAACUUGUAAGAAGUAUUAAGUAUGAAGCUGUUUAUAUUUCAUAGAACUAUUCUCACAUAAGAGAAGAGAAGAAAAGUAUUGGAUUCAGAGAAUACAUAAGUACUUAUAGUUAGGGCUUUGUUUCAGUUCCAUUGUGUCAUCUACGUGGUUUUACAAACACUAAUUAACAAGAGUAUUGACGAUUACUCGUGUAAACGUUAUGCAUUUAAUUUAUUUUGUAUUAUUUGUACUUGUACCGAACUAUUUAUAGAUAGUAAUAAAUAUAUUUAGCAACGUAAAGAAAGUACUGGAAAAUAUACUAUUAUUCUGUUAGGACAUUUGAAAAUCUAAAUUUAUGAAUACUUAGAUACCGUCCAAGUUUAUCAUCGCUGUGAUUUAUUACCAAAUCUAAUUAGAUUUAGAUAAUGUUAUACGUAGCAUGUAGCGUAAAUGACAUUGAAGAAGUUAUACUAAUGGACUGUGCCUCUGAUUCAAAAACCAGCCUCUCAUAAAAAUAAUAUAGUAAAUAUACAGGGUCUUCUAAUAUUUAUAUUUGCACAUACGUGAUAUUAAUAGGUUUAUUUUUAUAUAUAUUUUCGAAUUUAUUGAAAUAGGUAGUAUAAUAUAGUAAAAGUGCACAAUGCGUUCAUAAUAGACACUCGAUUGACCAAUUAAUAUUAUGAAAUGUAUAGAGAAGUUGCAAUAUUUUAUGUAAGUAAAUAGAUACUUAUGAAAGUCAAUUUCAAUUAGAACCUUUGCCAGAACACAUGCCUCAAAUAUAUUAGAAGUUCUCGAGCUAUAUAACCCUACUAGGACAGGUAGAGACAUUGUGUUUUAUAGUUAUAGUAGAGACAGGAACAAUGUGCGGUCCUACAUACUUACAUUACAACAACAAAAUACAACAAACAAGUAUUUUGGCAUGGAACUUGCGUAGAUACCAACACUAGAAUGAUAUCACAAGAGAAAAUAUAGGCGUUAUACAUAACGCUAAUAAGUUUCCAGAGUUAGGGCGAAUUUAAGUUAUUAUUUUAAUGUAUGAUUAAUGUUUAAUUAUGAUGAAUCUGAAAUGUAAUAUUGGUUAC